GGAAAUCAAUUAUUCCUAUGAAUUAGGAGCAACUGCUCUACUGCUAAAAAAACACAGCUGGGUAAUGUUAGUGGGCCAUUUUACAAGAUACAUACAUCUGAUGCCAGGAACAAAUUACAAGGUCUACAGCCUGAUCAUAACCCUGAUCGCCUCCCAGCAGAGCCUCAGACCAGAUGGAGCCACCAAGACCAUAUCAAACGUCUUGACAAAUUUGGAAAAAUCCAAACCAGAUUUGCUAUAGUUUAAAGAUGUUAACAAUGGAAAUCUGAAUUCGAGACAAUCUGUAAAAAUCUGUCAUUCAAUGAUACAUGCCACGUUUUUUGUCCACUAGUGGGUUCAUGGCCUCAGAGAAACAACCCAAAAGUCAUAUUAUCAGUAAAGUAGGUAGUGCAUGUCUCAUGUGCAUGUCCUGUUUCCUACUCACAGGAUUGUUUUUGGAAAGUGCGUUCAGUGUGUACUGAAUUUAUAUGAUUUGUGCAGAUUUGCAUUCCCUUUACAUUAAAAGAUUUUUUUUUUAUUCAGUAUUUUAAAAACCUAGUUGUAAAAACUAGGGUAUAGCCAGUAUAGAAAAGGAUAGAUGCCUGUUAGCUAUAGAUAUUAUUUCUCGGCAUCAGCAUAGUCAUUUUAAAGGGUCUCUAUAUCAUUAUUCUGGCUUUCUCUCACAUUUCACCUGGCUCACCUCACAAAGUCUGUCUUCAUGAAAACACACCGCGAGGGGCGGUAGCGAGCCGACCGCGUCCAUUUCAAAAGGUGUCAUCGUUUUUAUUGGACUAAAGUUCUGGUUGGUGGGUCAUAUCAUAUGUCGAGUACUCAGAAAAUGUCUACGGUCAUGUUUUACGAGAACUCCGCAUGGCAUAAACACAGAAGUUGCGGGACUUCAUCUCUCCUUGCUAUGACUCCCAAGAAACCUCAGCAAUGGCUGCAAGUGGUCGGACAUGCAGGGAGCUUUCAUGUUGGGGAUUAUGGUACACUGCUGAAGAGGUUUUGUGAGGGGGAGCAACAAUGCUACCUUAGGCUGAUGGAGGACGCUUUGAGGCCCUUUGUUCCAGCUUACCACGGUGUGGUGCAGCGGGACGAGCAGGAUUACAACAUGAUGGAUAACUUGCUGACCCAUUUCAACACACCUGCCAUCAUGGACUGCAAGAUGGGCAGUCGCACAUACCUCGAGGAGGAGCUGCUGAUGGCCCGAGAACGGCCCCAGCCCCGUAACGACAUGUAUGAGAAGAUGGUGGCUGUGGACCCAGAGGCCCCAACAGUUCAGGAACGAGCCCAGCAGGGAGUGCUGAAAACUAGGUAUAUGCAGUGGAGGGAGACGCUGAGCUCCACAACAACUCUGGGCUUCCGUAUUGAAGGAUUCAGGAAGGCAAACGAAGAAUGUCACACAAACUUCAAAAGAACCAAAAGCAGAGAGCAGGUGAUGGAAGCACUUAACAACUUUGUUGAGUCCGAUAAACACAUUGCGUGGGGCUAUCUGAGACGGCUGAAACAGUUGCGGCAGGUCUUGGAGGCGUCAGACUUCUUCAGAACACAUGAGGUUGUGGGCAGUUCCUUACUGUUUGUACAUGACUGGACAGGCAGAACAGGAGUCUGGAUGAUUGACUUUGGAAAGACAGUGGCCUUGCCGCCGCACCUCACCUUGGACCACCGUACUCCCUGGGUAGAGGGCAAUCGAGAAGAUGGCUACCUGUGGGGUCUGGACAACCUCAUUGAUAUACUGGCCAACAUGCUGCCACUGACCUGAACGCCACUCUAAACAUGUGUGGAAAUGUACUCUCAAUCCUUCCUUCCCCACUCAUGAGUGCAGAAUGACUGCAGAUGCACUGGCUUCUGAAAUGGUUGUCAAGAAUUGUGGGGAUGAACUCUAAUGAGGGUGUAAACAAUGGAAGAUGUGAUUGAUUACAAUAACAACACAUUUUGCAAAAUGUGUUAUCAAGUAAAUAUUUUCCAUAACAGAUUUUUGUCAAUAAAUUAGGCCCACAACAUUGGUCAAAAGGUCA